AUGAGAACAUCGCAGUUUCAUGGUGUUUGCCUCCUCGCCGCCACAACGCUGUCAGCACUGAUCAAAUAUGGAGUGAGCGUUUUCAUGGACAAAUGGAUUCAGACAGGAUCAAAAGUGGCGCUCUUAACAAUCCGCCGCAGGAGAAACAGCCUUUCAGCUCCUCUGACAACUCCAUCACAAGUGUUCCUGGCGUUGCUGAUCAAGGUCAUUCCCCCCGCCCCUUCCUUGACGGCUCUCUGUGACUGUGGCGUGCGUCUGGCUUCUCGGCGUUUAUUGCCUUUUACCGCGCUGAUUUUGCCUCAUAUUAUCUUUUACGUUGAAUCUCCGAUCCAGGAGUAUCAGCCAGUGUUUGUUAGCGGGGCUAACAAACCCAACAAACUACUCGGCCUGACAUCAUCCCACUUCGAAUCUGACUCUGUACCUUCAAUGGUCAGGCUUUUGUUUCACGUUGGAUUAUUGCAACGGCUCUUCGACCAACUGCAAUCACCUUCUGAUGGCGAGCUAUUGUUCUACCUGAGUGGUAGGAUCUUGCAUACUUGA